GCAUAUAUUAAAAACAAUCAUAUUAUGGCAGACCUGAAAUCUGUUCUUUCCCUAGUGCUUUUGAGUAUCCUUAUAACUGUAUUGCUGCAAAGCCAAGUGAUUGAAUCUCAGGGUGAGCCACAGACAUGCUUGGCAUCACUUGGGAACCUGAACGUCUGCUCCCCAUUUGUAUUUCCGGGAACAUCGAAUACGACUCCUAGCACAGAGUGUUGUGCUGCCCUCCAAUCAUUGGAUCAUGAGUGCAUCUGCAACACUGUUCGUGUUGCUGCUCGCCUUCCUUCUCACUGCAACCUUUCUCCCGUCUCUUGUGCUCGUCAUCACUAA